AUGACCGUCUCAUAUCCUUUUCAGACCGUUUUCGCCGUACCCAUGACAUGUGACAGCUGCGUCAAGGACGUUUCAGACUCGUUGUACAAGCUGGGGGGCAUCACCAAGGUCGAGGCCAAUCUCGAGGACCAAUUGCUUUCCGUCGAGGGCACAGCCGCACCAUCAACAAUUGUUGACGCCAUCCAAGCCACGGGGAGAGACGCUAUCCUGCGAGGCUCGGGAGGAUCAAACAGUGCGGCUGUCAGCAUCCUCGAGUCUUUUUACCAUGCAAAUGAUGCGCCUUCAAAGUUGAAUGAGCAGCGAGACCGAGAGGUCAGGGGCCUGGCUAGAAUGGUGCAGGUCUCCCCGACUACAACUCUGAUCGACAUGACGCUACGCGGCGUUGCCCCCGGCUCAUACCGAGCUACAAUCCGUGAGUACGGUAACCUGGCGGGGGGUGCAUCAUCGACGGGCCCUGUCUGGUCGGAAGGCAGUGAAGACGCUACCGCCAAGGGGUUCUUGGGCGUCUUCAACGUCGGCAAGGAUGGCAGAGGCAGCGCCUAUCUCGACAAACCUUUUCAAAUCUGGGAAGUCAUUGGCCAUGCCAUGGUCGUCUCGAGACAAGAUGAGUCUGCAGUGGCGUUGAAAAAUGACCCAGACACGUUAGUCGGCGUGAUUGCCAGGAGUGCCGGCGUGUGGGACAAUGAUAAGACGGUCUGUUCAUGCACCGGCAAGACGCUGUGGGAAGAGAGAAAGGACGAGGUCGAGAAGGGUAUGCUGUAG